AUGCCUAAAGAAAGGUGGCCGAAGCAUGACAUUCUUCCCAGCAAUAAUGAUUAUUUGAUUGAAAAGAGGUCCAAAUUAAAUUCUAUUCAGCUUUCCUGCAAUGUUAAAUUACUUACAGAACCAUUGCUGGAUUUAGGAAAAUUUAGUAAACUUAAUCGUGUAUACAACAUCACCGCUUGGAUUUUCAGAUUCCUUAAUAACAUUAAUAAGAAAAAGACUAAGCUGUCAGGUGAGCUUACUACUGCAGAAAUUACAAAAUCGGAAAAAUAUUGGUUAAAGUUAACUCAACAAACUGUGUUCACUCUUGAGAUUGAAGAACUGAAACGGGAAGAACCUAUCAAUAAAAAUUCUCCUUUAUACAAUUUAAACCCUAAAUUGGAUGAAGAUGGUUUAUUAUAUUUAUCGGGAAGACUUCGCUUAUCUGAUCUGCCUCUAAGGGAAAAAAAUCCUUGGAUACUCCCGGGCGGGGAACAAUUCACCAAACUGCUAAUUCUUCAGGCCCAUGAAAAAGUUUAUCAUUAUGGAGUAGCCACAACCUUGGCGCAUCUUCGAGAAACAUAUUACAUCAUCAAAGGAAGGAAAUAUGUUAAAUCUGUGCUGAAAUCUUGCAUUAUUUGCAAAAGAUUUAAAGUUAGACCUGGCAAAGAAGAAAUUGCUCCUUUACCGAAGGAUAGGAUAAUUGAAUCACCCCCAUUUGAGACCUGUGCUGUUGAUUUCGCCGGCCCUAUUUUUAUCAAAACUAAAUCGGGCCCGGAAAAAGCUUACAUUGUGCUCUUCACCUGUGGAGUUACUAGAGCUGUUCAUCUGGAAGUAGCAUCUGACCUCAGCACUGAAACCUUCAUCUUAGCUUUCAAAAGAUUUGUUUCACGUAGAGGACUCUGUAAAAUUAUAUACAGUGAUAAUGCCAAGACCUUUAUCAAAACUGAUAGUUUACUGAAGGAGAUUUGGAGUAAGAUUUCCAAAGCUGAGGUUCAACAGUAUUUUACUAAAAACCGAAUUGUGUGGAAAUUUAUUGUACCUAGAGCCAGCUGGUGGGGUGGGUUUUGGGAGCGUAUGGUGCGUUCUGUCAAAACGCCCUUGAAGAAAGUUUUAGGACGAUCUUGCUUGAGCUAA